AUGCGAGGAAUUUGGUUUCAGUUGCAGGCUCAUCCGCGAGAUGGCCCCAGAAAAUGCAGUGCUAUGCAGCAGUCCGCUUCUCUCUGUCACCCACAUGUUGCGUCAUCGCCGACACGUCCGUUUGCUGUUAGUGUUGUUCGUGUUAUGCAGCGUCCAGGCUCACCUGUAGCAUAUCUUCCCUCUCCUUUCGCGCAGGGUGUACCGUGCAGGAAAUCCACUCCAGUGAUGCCCGGUGUGUUUGUAAGGACCAUCUUACCGGCUGCCCAAAUGAGUCAUGGUGGUGAGCAGCCUUCAACUUCGCAGCAGUCGCAACCGUUGACGCUUGGCGCCAAAAGAGUUGUACAGAUUGACGAUGAGGACGAGGAUUCGCCAUCAACUCCGGCCAAAAGCCAGCGGCGACUGGAGGAAGUGCUUUUGAGUUAUCCGCGUGAUCAGCCCAAUUCCAUACCAAUCUCGUAUGCUGACGUGGAAUAUCUGAGACCGAGUGUUAUGCUAAAUGAUUCCAUUAUCGACUUCUAUUUAAAAUAUAUACAUUUGACACUGGUACCUCCCGAGAGGCGUUCUUCCAUAUUCAUCUUCAGCUCUUUCUUUUAUACUCGCCUAACGCAGCUUCCUGCCGAAGGUCUCUCUGCAGUACGUGAUAUUGCAGCACGCGCUAAAUGGGUUCAUUUCUCAUUUUUCUUUUUUUGA